AGCAGCAGCAGGUCGGUCCACGAGCUUGCCGGUGUGUUCCAACUUCCAAGAAGCAGCCUAGGUAGCUUAGUUUAGGAGGAAGCCAGCACAGCAGCAGGUGACCGGCUGCAAGAAUGGGAGGGACCAUGUCGUGCUUCGGCGGCAGCGGCCGGGACUACGACGAGGCGUACGAGCAGCCGCGGCGGUCGUCGAGGAAGGUGCGGCCGAGCGACGAGGAUGGGCUGUGGUACGUCGGGGAGCGGGACGUCGACAGGAAGGCCACGGAGUUCAUCGCCAGGUUCCACGCCGCCGCCAGCUACGUCGAGGCUACCUAGGCUCGGUUCAUCUUAUGCUGCUUCCGCCGGUGAUCUCCGGGUCCGGCUACGUACCUCAGGCGCCCCGAGGUGGCUGGCCAGUCCGCUUGGUUAAUCGGCCAUUGAUUUGUUAUCCCGCUGCUCUCUUUUUCUAGUUCUAUUAGUCUUGGUUAUCUACAUUAAUCUUUGUGAUUAAGGGUGUGUAAUUUAAAUAUGUAUGUUUUCCAUAAAUAAGGGAAAUGCUGGAGGCAUGAGCUUCUGUAUGUGAAUAUAUGGAGAGAUAUUGGCCUUUGUUGUUCG